AGAACCUCCAGACCAGACUUCUGGAAGGCAUUAGGAGCCAGCCAGAAGCAAAAGCAGCAUGGAGCUGAACAGUAUGGCACCCCCCACAGCCGAGGGCCACCGCAACGCUGGCUUCCAGGAUGAAGAAGACUUUUCUAAAAACCAGAACAUGUCAGAAAACAACAACUCGAUUAGGAGCAGAGCUGUGCAAAGUGGGGCUCAUGUCAACACCAAACAGGGUGAAGAACAUGUUGCCAUUGAGCAGGAUUCUCCAAGAAACAAAGAUGAUGUGGAGGAUGACCAAGAGACGCAUGAGAAAGGGUGUUUGGAAAGGAAGUACGAUAUAGUUUGUGAUUUUUGUAGGAAACACAAAACCAUUCUUCGGUAUAUCAUCUGGGGCAUUUUGUUAGCAGGUUAUCUGGCAAUGGUGGUUGCAGCCUGCAUGCUGAACUUUCAGAGAGCCCUUCCUCUUUUUGUGAUCACUGUGGCUGCCAUCUUCUUUGUUAUCUGGGAUCACCUGAUGGCCAAAUAUGAACAUCAAAUUGAUGAGCUCCUAUCUCCUGGCAGGAGGCUUCUGGACGGCCACUGGUUCUGGCUGAAGUGGGUGAUUUGGAGCUCCCUGAUCCUAGCAAUUAUCUUCUGGCUGAUCUUGGACACUGCCAAGAUGGGCCAACAGCAUCUAGUGUCCUUCGGGGGACUCGUCAUGUACCUAGUCCUGCUAUUUCUGUUUUCUAAGCACCCAACCAGAGUUUACUGGAGACCUGUCUUCUGGGGAAUUGGCUUACAGUUUCUUCUUGGACUCUUGAUUUUAAGGACUAAUCCUGGAUUUAUAGCUUUCGAUUGGUUGGGCAAACAAGUUCAGACUUUUCUGGAGUACAGUGAUGCUGGUGCUUCCUUUGUCUUUGGAGAGAAAUACAAAGACCACUUCUUUGCAUUUAAGGUCCUGCCCAUCGUGGUUUUCUUCAGCACCGUGAUGUCCAUGUUGUACCACCUCGGAUUGAUGCAGUGGGUUAUUAGAAAGGUUGGAUGGGUAAUGCUAGUUACUAUGGGAUCAUCUCCUAUUGAAUCUGUAGUUGCUGCUGGCAAUGUGUUUGUUGGACAAACAGAGUCUCCUCUGCUGGUCCGACCUUACUUACCCUACGUCACCAGGUCUGAACUCCACGCCAUCAUGACGGCUGGCUUCGCUACAAUUGCUGGAAGCGUCCUAGGUGCAUACAUUUCUUUUGGGGUUCCAUCCUCCCACCUGUUAACGGCUUCCGUUAUGUCAGCACCCGCAUCACUGGCUGCUGCUAAACUCUUUUGGCCUGAGACAGAAAAACCUAAAGUAACCCUCAAGAAUGCCAUGAAAAUGGAAAGUGGUGACUCGAGGAAUCUCCUAGAAGCUGCGACGCAGGGAGCAUCCUCAUCCAUCCCUCUGGUGGCAAACAUCGCUGUGAAUCUGAUUGCCUUCCUGGCCCUGUUGUCUUUUGUGAAUUCUGCCCUGUCCUGGUUUGGAAACAUGUUUGAUUACCCACAGCUGAGUUUUGAGCUGAUUUGCUCCUACGUCUUCAUGCCCUUCUCCUUCAUGAUGGGGGUGGACUGGCAGGAUAGCUUCCUGGUUGCCAAACUCAUAGGUUAUAAGACAUUCUUCAAUGAAUUUGUGGCCUAUGAGCACCUCUCAAAAUUGAUCAAUUUGAGGAAAGAGGCUGGACCCAAAUUUGUGGAUGGUGUGCAGCAAUAUAUGUCGAUUCGGUCUGAGAUAAUCACCACAUAUGCUCUCUGUGGUUUUGCCAAUAUUGGUUCCCUAGGAAUAGUGAUCGGCGGACUUACAUCCUUAGCUCCUUCCAGAAAGCGUGACAUCGCCUCAGGGGCAGUGAGAGCUCUGAUCGCGGGGAGUGCCGCCUGCUUCAUGACAGCCUGCAUUGCAGGUAUACUCUCCAGCACUCCCAUGGACAUCAACUGCCAUCAUAUUUUAGAGAUUCCCUUCAAUUCCAGUUUACCUAGAAACACAACCAACGUGAUGUCUUGUUGCCAAACUCUAUUGAGCAGCACUAUUGUCAAGAGUCCUGGUGAGGUCAUCCCAGGAGGAAACCACAGCCUGUAUUCUUUGAAGGGUUGCUGCAAAUUGCUGAAUCCAUCAACAUUUAACUGCAGUUGGAUCCCUCCUACAUUUUGAGUUCAGCCACUUCUCCAGUGGGAAUCUGAGUACACAUGCUGGAUUUUCUGUUUUGGAAAGGGAAAAAAAAAAAAAAAAAAAACUGUUGCUUACAGAUUGAUACUUCCAUCAUGGAUCCACUUUAAUUGCAAGGAAAGAAGAAAAGCCAGAGUGAACCCUUCAGAACUCCAACAUCUUCAUCCUACUUCCUUGUUCCUCUCCUGCCCGUCCCUUCCCUACUGAGAAUACUAUGAUGUCCCAAAGUGAGGUCAAUUCCUGUCCCAAAGAUGUUUUACAACCUUAGAUUUUCAAGUCAUUUCACUAGAACACAGGUUUAAAUGGUGGCUCCCAACCACUGGGCUAUCUCACACACACCCACUUGGUAUGCUAAAUGAUCUCUAUAUAGUCCAGGGUAAUUCAUUUUAAACACAUCUCUGGGGAAGUCACUUAGCAUACACCCUUGCAUACUUGAAAUAUCCUGAACAUGAAUAUCACAUGAAGAAAAACUAAUCAUCCACCACCUACUGAUUGGCUGCCCUUGGAAAGUCCUGAAGAAAUCAAGAGUCCUUCAGGAGAAUACACAGAACAUACCAAAAGCAGGAUUUAAAUAAAUCCCUUCCACUUAGAGAGUUCUGUCAGUCAGCUUAAGCUAAAUUAUGCUGUACUAACAAGCGACCCCAAAACCUCAAUUGUUUAUAACUUUAUUUUUCACUAAUGUUACA